GAUAGCCUACCCUCGCUGGCUGUGGUGUUGCCAUGUGUGCGGGGAGCGAUCAUACCCCAAUCAUUUCAGAGUCAAACGCUUAGCCAGCGUGUGUCGGUGGAUGCAGCCGGGUCUUUAGAAACUUUAAUUAAUUUGGUCGAAGCCGCACUUGUACUGUAACAUCUGAAAGGUCUAAGGCUUAACAAAUUUAGCAGCGCGGAGACGCCACAUGCACAACUUUGAUUUCCCUCCUCUCGAGUGAAGCAUCCGCCGUGGUGCAAGUCGCUGUGCACCGCAGAGGCUUUAAAAGCUACCCAACUUGUUGAAAGAAGGCCGUUGUAACAUGUCAGCCACACGGUUGCAGUUGCUGUCACACAGAAAUGUUCCGCUUUUAAGCCGGGGGCCAAACGAAUUGUUAGCCGGUGGUGGUCCCAGAGUCCGUACACUCACAUCUCAAACUCUGUCGUCAUCCUCUCCCGGCAGAGCUUUAUCGAGUCUGAGCGCGACUCGGCGUGGGCUCCCCAAAGAGAAGAUGUCCGAGAAUGGAGUGCUGUCCCGGGCCAAGGUGUUGACCAUCGACACCAUGAACCCCACGGUGAAGAAGGUGGAGUACGCCGUGCGUGGGCCCAUCGUGCUGCGGGCUGUGGAGCUGGAGAGGGAGCUCUCCGAGGGAAUGAAGAAGCCCUUUUCGGAGGUCAUCAAGGCCAACAUUGGUGACGCUCAUGCUAUGGGCCAGCAGCCAAUCACUUUCUUCCGACAGGUCUUGGCACUGUGCUCCUACCCCGAACUGCUGAAUGACAGCACAUUCCCAGAGGAUGCUAAAAGUAGAGCACGCCGCAUUCUGCAGUCCUGUGGAGGGAACAGUAUGGGUUCCUACACGGCCAGUCAGGGCAUAGACUCUGUGCGUCAGGAUGUGGCCCGCUACAUUGAGCGAAGAGAUGGUGGUGUGCCCUGCGAUCCAGAUGACAUUUAUCUCACCACAGGGGCCAGCGACGGCAUUGUGACCAUGCUGAAGCUGCUGGUGUGUGGCGAGGGUGCGACCCGUACAGGCGUCAUGAUCUCCAUACCUCAGUAUCCCCUGUACUCGGCUGCGUUGGCCGAAUUGGGCGCCGUGCAGAUCAACUAUUACCUUAAUGAGGAGAAGUGCUGGAGUAUGGACAUCAGCGAGCUGCAGCGCGCCUUGGAUGAGGCCCGGCGCCACUGCAACCCCCGAGCGCUGUGCGUCAUCAACCCUGGAAACCCUACCGGUCAGGUUCAGAGCAGACAGUGCAUUGAGGACGUAAUCCGAUUUGCAGCAAAUGAACGUCUCCUCCUCAUGGCUGAUGAGGUGUACCAGGACAAUGUGUAUGCUGAAGGUUGCCAGUUCCACUCUUUUAAGAAGGUUCUGUUUGAAAUGGGACCAGAGUACUCGGAUACAGUGGAACUGGUAUCUUUCCACUCCACCUCCAAAUGUUACAUGGGAGAGUGUGGCUUCCGUGGAGGCUACAUGGAGAUCAUCAACAUGGACGAUGAGGUGAAGGCCCAGCUGACCAAGCUCGUGUCUGUCCGUCUGUGUCCUCCUGUUCCUGGACAGGCUCUAAUGGACCUGGUGGUCAACCCGCCUCAGCCUGGGGAACCCUCGCACGACAACUUUAUCAAGGAGCGCACAGCCACCUUAAGUGCCUUAGCAGAGAAGGCCAAGCUCACAGAGCAGGUUCUCAAUACUAUUCAAGGCAUCAGCUGUAAUCCUGUUCAGGGCGCUAUGUACUCCUUCCCUCGCAUAACCAUCCCCGAAAAGGCCAUCCAAGAGGCCAUGGACAAAGGUCAGGAGCCAGAUAUGUUUUACUGCAUGAAGAUGCUGGAGGAGACGGGGAUCUGCCUCGUACCUGGAAGCGGCUUUGGUCAGACAGAUGGAACGUACCACUUCAGAAUGACUAUCUUGCCACCAACAGACAAACUGACGAUCCUGCUGAACAAAGUCAAGGAGUUCCACCAGAAAUUCACACAGCAGUAUUCUUAAAUUGCCCCAUCUCUUCCUCUUAUUACCAAUGGAGGAACCCGCCAACCACAACAAAAAGAACUCAGCCAAUCAGAAUUCAUCUGUCACUAAUAAGUGCCUUUUCUACCUACGGCGGCUCUGGUGGUCUCUGUGAUGAUGCACUUGAGCCUCUACACCUAUCUCAUUUGGACAUUCGCAGACGGUACACAAGGCACUGUUUUGUGUUAGAAAACAAAACAAAACUAGAAAUGAAGAGAUGUGUGGGGAGUUUGGUAUGAAAAUAUGGUUUUAACUUUGAAGAAUAUAUGUACUGUAGGUCUGUGUAAUUGUGAAUAUGACAGAUUGUCUAUGUGAAUAUCAAGAUGAAAUAAAAAGGUACAAUUUA